GCCAAAUUAGCAUUAAAUUUUUCGCUUUAAAGUUGUUUAAAAUGUCCACACAUCGAUUAGACUCUCUUCCAGAACGUAACAAACAUUUACUGACGCAGCAAAAACGGGGAGGACUGAACGGCCGGAGCGGCAUAUCCGAGAAAAAGCCCGGAGUUCUGGUCACUCUCACCGAGGGAGACAGAGGUCCCGCGAGAGCGGCUCUGGCCAAACCCUCAGUCCGGUUUAAAGACGGUGAUAUGCGCCUCCAUAAAAACACUGCUGAGACCCCCAGAGGACGAGCAGGUGGACGGAUGAAACCAUCAGACAGAGACCCUACAGUCCACCAAAGACUGAUCAACGCAGAGGACGUGAAUCCCAGCAGAACUCGAGGAGACGUUCAGAGUAGAGAUGUUGACCAGUCCAGUAAAGGCGAUGACACACCGGCUGCAGCAAAGCGCCGUCUGCAGCCUUUACUUGGAUAUGACUGGAUUGCAGGAGUUCUGGACACGGAAGAUUCUGUGGUGGAGCGUCCUGACGAGUUCUUCGAUGAUCUGCGGGUUUUUCGAUCACUGAAUAAAGACGAGUGUGUCCACGCUGUCCAGACAGAAUGUUCUGAUGUGAGUCUUCCAGUGUCAGCUCUCCUGACCGAUCAGGAGGAUCCAGAAUCCAACAAGGACAGCCACCAGUGUACAUUUUCUUACAGGAUAAACAGCAGGUUGUUUCCUGUUCCUCUUCACUCUCAGGAUUGCUGCACCGUGUGCAAAAGGCUCAAAUCCUCGCACCCUCACACUACCGCAGAGCCAGCUCUGAUCAGGGUCAAUAUUCCUCGCUCCGCCCUCCUACCGCCGCACAGAUACAAAGCUCACCGGCGAUGCAGCUUCGACCCGUCUGAUAGUUUUGGUUUACCAGCGCACUGUCUCUCGGGAUGGUCAAACACCGGUCAGAGCAGCAUACCUCCACCCAGCAGUCUGGACCUGCGGAGCAACCUUCAUAUGAAACACUCACCCGACACAGAAAUGGAGAGUUUGUCUGAAUCGGAACCAUCCCACCGCAAACGCUUUGACCAGCUCUCCAAUGUGUCCCUCUUGGCUCGCCACAGCUACCAACACUUUCCUCCAAAGAGAUUGGGAAGUUCUUUCAACCCUGGAUCGUCGUUAUAACCUUACACAGAAAGUGAAGGCUGUCCUGUUUUCUGUCAACAAAACUAUGUCUAUGUGUUUACAGUGUUAAGAAUUUUUCAGAAUAAAUGCAUUAUUUUACUUAUC